GCACCAUCCGGCAUCCGGCAAUCCGGCAUCCGGCCGCCAGUCGGAUCUCUUCCCCCAGUCCCCCAAUUCCCGUUUGAUUAGAUGUGAUAGUGAUAGUUUGAUAGUGUGAUUAGGUACUGCCGGACAGUUGAUUGUAACACAGCGUGAAUCUCAAGUCAGAUUAGGAUUCACGAUAUCUAAAAGAUAUCCAUGAAAUAAAAGAGGAAAAACUGUGUGCUCGUGUGUGAAUUUGAUUAGAGAAAAUCCUUUCUUUCUUGGAUUAAUUUGCGGCCUGUAGAAUGGAAACGGUUACUAGCAACGAAACGGUUAUCGCUUCUGAGGACAAAAUUAGAAAAUCUUUACACGAAUUGCAGCCAUCAGCCACUGAUAAAGAAACUUUAGUUGGUGCUGAUAGAAUGAUCAAAUCUACUCAAAAAUCAAAAAAAGCAAAAUCAAAGAGGAAUGUAUCUCAAACAACAAAGGAUAGUUCUAAACACAAAGAUGUGAAAACCAAAGACAAGGCUGUACAAACUGUACGAGAGGAGAAGGUACAAAUAGAGCCUGAAGAUUUAACAUCCACAGAUGUAGCUGGCCCGAGUGAAAAUUAUUGGCAAAUCCUAAGUGAAAGGCGACGAAUAGCACUUAAAGAUGCUUUAGAGAAAAAUGAAGAACUCGUAGAAUAUAUUGAAAAGUUAGAAGAAGAAAAUCGUGUCUAUAAAGAAAUGUUAAAUGAGACAAGAGCACUUGUUGUUGUGCUGCAGGAGAUGAUUGGAGAUGACAGAAGUGGCAUAAAUAAUUCAUUAGAAGAUAGUACUCUUUAACAUUAGAUAUUUAUUUUUUUAAUAAGAAAAUAAAAAAAGAACAAUAUAAAAAAAUCGGUAAGUCUCCAUGUAAAAUUUUUGCAAAUAUAUGUUUUCAAUAUACGUUUCAAAUAUACGUUUUUCAUAAAAUUUCAAUUUUUUAUUUCAAUAGGUUAUUGCAUAUGUGAAUAUGUAAGAUCCUUCCUUUGUAAGAUAUAUAUAUAUAUAUAUAACACUUUUAAAUAUUUCUAGUAUUAUUUAAUAAUAGAAACUGUUAAAAUUUUUUUACAUUGUUCUUUUCUCAUGACUUUAUUGCUAAUGAAAUUAAUAUCAUUUAGCAUGUAUAUUGCAUCAUAGUAAAAAAAUCAUAAAAAAAUACUAUUAUUAUUUCUCAAACUUGUAUUAUACACAUGACUUGCUUAGAAUACACAGUCAUGAGCAUUUACUUAAACUCAUAAAAAUUAUAUAGAGAUUUAUAAUUUGUGUACAAAAUAAUAAAAAGAUGUAAAAGUC